CAUGCCGCAGCCGUAGGCAGCCCGCGGCCGCUCCCAGCCCUCGGCCUCCGCGGCCUCCGGGCCGAUGGGCAGCCUGCUGAGCGGGGUCAGCUUCAAGGAGCCCACCACGGUGGAGGACUGCGACUCCACCUGGGAGACCGACUCGGAGCCCGAGGCGGCGGAGCCGCGGCGGCAGGAGGGGGUGUGCUCCGCCGCGGGAGGCGGGGAAGAGCCGCCCGAGCCGCGCGCCGCCGACUGCCGGCCCCGGGAGCCGCCGGCCCCGCCAGCGCAGGAGGACGCGGAGCGGGCAGAGGCGGACGCCGCCAGCCCCGAGCAGAGUGGUGAUGGAACUGAGCUGACAGCCAAGCCAAAGAGAAGCUUCUACGCAGCAAGAGAUUUAUACAAGUACCGACACCAGUAUCCACAGAACUUUAAAGAUCUUCGGUACCAAAAUGACUUGUGCAAUCUCCGGUUUUACAAAAAUAAAAUCCCAUUUAAACCUGAUGGAGUUUAUAUUGAAGAAGUCCUAAAUAAAUGGAAAGGAGACUAUGAAAAACUGGAGCAUAACCACACUUACAUACAGUGGCUUUUUCCACUGAGGGAACAAGGUCUGAACUUCUAUGCUAAAGAAUUAACUACAUAUGAAAUUGAGGAAUUCAAGAAAACAAAAGAAGCAAUUAGAAGAUUCCUUUUGGCUUACAAAAUGAUGUUGGAGUUUUUUGGAAUAAAACUAAUUGAUAAAACUGGAAAUGUAGCACGAGCUGCUAACUGGCAAGAAAGAUUUCAGCAUUUGAAUGAGUCUCAACAUAACUACUUGAGAAUCACUCGAAUUCUGAAAAGUCUUGGUGAACUUGGAUAUGAGAGUUUCAAAUCUCCCCUGGUAAAAUUUAUUCUGCAUGAAGCUCUUGUGGAAGAUACCAUUCCCAACAUUAAGCAAAGUGCUCUGGAAUAUUUUGUGUAUACUAUUAGAGACCGAAGAGAAAGGAGGAAACUGCUGAGGUUUGCCCAGCAACAUUAUACGCCCUCAGAGCAUUUUAUCUGGGGACCCCCAAGAAAACAGAAGUCAGAGGGAAGCAAAGCAAAUAAAAAGCCAGCAUCCCCAGUUUCUAUUCCCAAUAGUCAUAUUUCUAAGCAUAAGAAACCGAAGGAGCCUAAGAAUGCAUCGGCAAGUGGAAGCUCAGCUGGUAAAAUAACUGAAGAAAGAAAGGUAGAAUUCACAAAAAAUGGGGAAGAAAAUGAUCAGGAUGAACAAGAAGUGAACUGUGAUGCUGUUAGGCAGAACAACAGUGAAAAGAACAGUGAAACUGAUACCGGUCAGGUUGCAAGAUCAGAAGAAACUCAUGAUAAUUCAGACAGAAAGGAGGACGCUUCUCAUUCCAAAAAAGAUGAUGAAAAUCUGAACAAUGACUGUGGAAAUCACCCGGGCAUUAUAGAGGUAGAUUUAUGUAACAGUGAGAAUUCUUCAAGUGAUGCAUCAGCAGAUCUACAAGAUAACCUUGAUAAGGAUACAUUUUCAGGGGGGACCACCCCAAAAGCUAAGGAUGAGCUCAAACCAUGAGUCUGAGAUUUUAAAAAUCGUUGUUUCACUUUGAAUGAAGCAAAUUAUUCAUUGCUUCUUCAUUUUGGUUGAAAUUUCCAUCUAGUGUAAGUUCACGAGGCAAAUGCUUGUUGCAAAUGCAUCAGAUUAGGCUUCUCUUAGGUUAAUGAAUUUUGGUUUUUUUCAACCUCAGUUUAUCAGCAGUCAGCCAGGUGUGUCUCUUUAAAACAAUUGUGCAUAUUAAAAGCUAAGAAAUUUCUUAUCUUUUUCAGACAGAUUGCACAGAAAAGCUUAUCUACUUUUUAAAAUUCAUCCAGUAUUUAAAAUAAAUAAAUAAAUAAAUAAAUAAAGUGUAACAACUCAAAAGCUUUGGAACAUCAGAAUUUUUAAGUUUCCUUUAAGUUUUAAGUUUCUUUUAAGUUUUGUUUUCCCUUUAGGAAGUUACUAGAAAUUAUUUCAAAAACAGUUUUUUACCCUAGUGGUUAUUGUUUUAGGAACUAUGUUCAUUAUUAAUAUCAGUAUUUGCACAGUAUCUUUACCUUAGAUUGGCAUCUUUGUUGGAGGCUCUUAACAAUGGAUAGCAUAUAUCAUGUCCUGUACAGUUGGGAAUCACUGUACAUUGAAUAAAAGUUUUAACUUACAAAGAAACUGUAUCCACAGCUUUUGGAUACAAGGGAAGUUGUACUUUACACUUCUUUCAGUCCCUGUUAAAUUCUCCCGUGACUCAUUUAUUGCAACUAAGCUGGGGGGAAGGAUCUCCUUGAUCUCUCAAAUUUGGUCUGUUUGAAAGCUCUCUGUGAUCAGCUGUAAUAAGACAACUCCCCCAGCUGGGUUCAGCACCUGGAAAGGCUCUGGACAGCUGAAAAGCAGUGUCUUUACCCCAAAGCACUGCCUUAUCAGCAAAACCAUCAAAGAAGAGGUCACCAGGCAUGUCAAGUUGGCUCUUAUUUGAACUUCGAUGUUUCUUAACCAGUUUUGGGUAGAAUCUGCACAAUACAGUCACUCGUUGCUGGCCUCAAAGACAAAGGCAGUCCUGAUGCUUCUUUCCAGCUGUGUGUUUCCUCUAGUUUGCUCUAUAUCAUAAGUCCCUCACAGUUUUAUGUUACUUUGAUAAUCAGUAGCUUAAGGCAGGCCACUCUGUUGGCUGGGCUGGAGACCAACAAGUAGGAAUUUCGCUAUUAAGAUCCUUCCCAGCUUCUACUGAAGAACUGUCUGCUCUCCUUGAGUAGCUCCUUCUGAGUUUCUGCCAUUCAAGUCAAACAAUAGGACCUGGCAAGUUGUGCGGAGUAUGAAUUAAAAAACAAUGCAGGUAAAAUUCACUCUUCCUACAGUCCUAAAAUACUCUAAAACUUCUGUGUAUGUAUUUUCUGUUUGAAAGUGUACAUAUUAUCCACUGCCUUUAAUACAUUUCUGAUGAAAUGUUAUGAGACAAGAGGCUGACUAUGGUUUGAGUGUCAAAAUGCUACAGGACUUUAUUCAAGUCUUACAACUCUAAAUGGUGAAGUUUUCAGGGGUUUCAGAACAUAGACAAAAACAAAAUGUCUUGUGUUCUGUUUCGUUAAUGCCCAUCACGGCAAUGCAUCAUCCAUUUGUUUUCUUCAGAUAGCGCUGGUUCUUGGGAUCAGGUAGAGUGGCAGUUAGGGAUCUUGGACCUAUGGAAAAAGAUUAGGUUGUUUCCACCCUAAAGAAGCAGAGAAGAAAGAAGAUCUAUUUCUCCUUCUGUGCUGACUUGUGAGGAAAGAAACUUACAUACAUGGAUUUUUUUUAGGGUAACCGGGAUCAUUCAAAUGGGCAUUAAGCCUGUCUGAGCAGAAAUGCCCCGAAGAAUUCCAGCCACCACCUUUUUAAGGCCAGAAAGGUCCUGAGAAGCCUUUCACAAUUCCCUGGACAUGAAGUGGGAUCCCCUUGUUUGUGUUUGCCUCUGACCUUCAUAACAGAAGGGAAGGAAGUGCUGUGAUAAAACUUGUAUGUGUAGUUAAGGACUCUGCCCUUCCACGUAUGCAAAGGGAGGACACUUCAUUUUCUGCCUAUGACUUCUUCAGUCUUGAGUGCCUAACUGUGCAAACGUCAUAGAGUUCUUACAUAGUUAUUUUUUGAGUAUCAUAGGGGAAAUUGAUACCCUGUAAGGAAUGUAACUAUAGCAUAAGAAGCUAUACAGAGCCUUCCAUUUGUGAACUUGAGUAUUAAUGUUAAACACUUUACAGAAAAUGCAGAGUAUGAAAGUGAAAUAAGGGAUGCCGGAGGUGUUAUUAUAUUUAUGGUGUAAUUUGAUUGAACAUCAGUGACCUCAGGAGAUCUUUUGUCUACUGAACAAAAAAAAGAGAAAUCUUGCUCUAAUUUUAAACAAAGUUCUUGGGAUGUAAUUCCAGAAGGUUACUCUGCAGUAUUCCAUUAUCAUGACACAUCUCUCACUUAAACAUGCUUUCUGGUUUGAUGUUCAUAAUUAAGUGCUUAAAAUACUUGUAAUUUGACAGCUGUCUGCGUUAAGGGGCCAAGGUAUCUGAAAAUAUUUUUAAGAACUUUGGUACUUACACCUGUAUUAACUCUGCAAUUUUAUUUUUUUUUAAUCUACAACUCAAUAUAUUUCUCUCAGUUUUCAUAGAAGAGCAUUGGCAUAUCAGUUGCCUACAAAGAAUUCUGGGGACUAUGUAAGUGAGGGGUUUUGUGUCAGGUGGGUUCCUGCUCUCUCUAAUUCUUGUUUUACAGCUUUAUCAACAGAAUUACUCCCUUCAGCUUUACACUUCAGCUUUAACUACCAGAUUCUGCUCUCUAUAAAAUGUGACAGUGUAUCAUUCUUUUCAUAGAGGAAUUGUUUCUUCUGAUUUUGCAAGUACUGAACAGAAGGAUUUAUUGCAGGGCAAUCAUACAGUGUAGCAUCCCUCUGAGAUUUGUGAGGAUCAAGUGGGUGCACUGUAUGCAUUUUUGUUACAGAAUCAUGGCCUUAGCAAUCAGAAGCACCCCGUGCUUGAAGCUUCUAAGUAUUGGUUUACAGUAUAUAUACAGUAUAUAUAUAUGUGCUGAAAUGUUUGUAUUCUCAUAGAUGCCAGUACACAGUUGUUUAACCAUUACUUCAGGAACUGAGGGUAUGCAAAGAAAGUAAUUUGCUUACUGUUAAAAUUCUUUUUGUCAUGCUACAUGCUUAAUUCAGGGAUUUCUGCAUACUUAUUACAAUAGUGUAUUUUGGCCCAGUGUUAGACUAGAAUCUAAACUACUCAUAUGUUUAUUGAACAGAACCUUCCAUAUGAGGUUCUUUCCAAGUAAGUACAUCUCAGUAGCCUCUGGUGCUGUUAAGUGGGAGUAAUGUGUGCUUGCACAUACCUGUGAACUUGAUUUUAGGCAUCUUAUGGUGAGGGGAUAUGAAUGUGCAACUCAAAACAAUGUUACUGAGUAUGCAGAUGAGUACACACAAGGCAAUCAUACAAAUCAUGCAAAAAUGCAGCACUUUGUUAGUUACAGCUCUGCCCCACUAUGCCAGACACAAGUGUGCCUCACUACCUGAUACUGUGUUGGUGUAGAGACUGAAGGCUCGGGUACAUGAGGUGUGCAGCACAGACCAUUCAGAGCAGAAGAAUAGUUAGGUAUAUCCACGUAUCCAGGAGCAGGUCUGAGGUCUUUGUGUCCAUGUUGCUCGAAUAAAAUCUUGAAGGACGCUAAAAAUAAGUGCAAUAAUCCUUUGAGAGCUGUUCCCUGGCUUGGGUCAGCUCCUCAGUUUCCUGCUCUAAGAUUGCAGCACUCUAAUAUAUUAGAUAUUUGUAUAAUCAUUGUUAAUAUUUCAUGUAAACUAGUGUAAGCCUCCCUGAACCGUUCCAGGAUAAUUCUAAUAAUCUGCAGUUGCAUAUACCUGUACUAUAGACAGAAGAUUUACAGACUUAGAAGCUUUGUACAAUGUUCAUGGACGAUCCAAUGAGGUAAGGCAAGUGACAUUUACUGGAUUUAAAUGGAAAACAGCUCUUGUCUGCUUUUAAAUAAAACUUAUGUCUAUCUGUUUAAUUGAGAGGUUAUUUUACACCUUUCUUCUUCUGACUGUUGUGAUGGUACUGAUCACAAUUUAUAGUUAUAUAUGUUUAAGUGAAAAUGUAAUUUUUUUACAUCACACUUUUGCAGGAAAUAUAUCAUAUUGAAUUUCCUUGACAAAAGCUGUAUUUAUGAAUAAGAUGCAAGUAUGUGAAGCAAGUUUUACCAUUAAUAAAAGUGUGACAAUAUCAUGCUGAUGAUGUAUGUUGUCCUCAGAAUUGCCAGUGGGGAUCAGAACCAAAGAUAUUUCUAGUCUUGCCUAGUCCUGCCUCCAGCAGUAGCCACCAAAAGAUGCUGUGAAACAAAGAAAUUAUACAGGGACCCCAUUUUUCUCCAGGAAUUUUUUAGUUUUGAACUCAUGGUUUCUUUCAGCCUUUACAAUCCCUUGUGGCUAUGAGUUCCAUGUUUUAAUAAUGUUUUGUGUGGAGAAGGUGAUGUCUUAUUUGCCUCAGAUCUGUUUAUUCAAGAAUUGCUCCUGCAUUUGAACACAUACUAAAAGUACUGUAAGAUGAAGAGUCAUCCACUUCAAAUCAGUUUUUAAAUGCCAUGGGAGAUUCUAAUGUCAAAAUACCUGUUUAGGCAGAAAAUGUCCCAUGUUUCUUCUGUUUUUAGGCAGAGGAUGUCUGCUGAGGCAGAAACAUCCUAAGUUGAUGACAACACUACCUUACUUACUCCUCCCUAAAUACAUUUUUGCACAUAAAUCCUUUUGUAGACUAGUGUUAAAGUGUAGAUUAAGUGUUAAAAGUCAGAUCCCAACUGCAGAACAGGGUUGAUUUUUUUUUUUUUUCUUACUGGUGUAAAAGCAAAAAUCAGUCCAAUGGAAAACCUAUUCCUAGCCCACAUGAGUGAGUUGUCUCUGGAUUUGGAGCAACCAGCAUUAAUGAAUCUAACAUUGUGAUCAUGUAGAAGAUGAAAAUGCUGUCUGGGGUUUGUUGAGAACCAUACUCAUCAUUCUGCAUUUUGGUAAUUUUUUUUUUUAAUACCUGUUGACAGUUCCAAUUGUAGUUGGAGUAAAUAGUCAAAAGGUAUUUUUUAUAGCUAUCAGUCUAAAAAUGAUAGAUAGGUCAAAAAAGACCUAAGCAUAUACAGCCUCCUCAAUUCACAUUCUGGUCAACACCAUAGGGUUCACUACUUACAGAUAUUUAGAUACAGUUCUCCAAGGGGUGUGCACACUGUGUCUCUGUAAUAUCUUUGUGCUCAAUAUUGGCUGUGAGCUGUUUCUUUUCCCGAAAGUUGUGUUCCCUUUCCAGCCCUUGUUCUUAAGUAGACUGAGUUAAGACCUUUGGUGAAGGCAAGAAUUUACUUUAAAGAGUAGAUGUAUUACAUGCUGUAAGUAAUGGACUCCUAAAAUGCAGUUCAAAAGCUAUAGAGAUCAAUUCAAUAGAGACCUCAUCUGGCUUUACACUUGUAAUCACUUCUACAUUUAUUUUCAGAAGCAUUAUGCUGUUUGCUAUAAGAUAAAAAAAAUGUGAGAAUUGGCAAGUCGUUCUGAAAGAAGUCUCUUUGAAAUGUGGCUCUUCAAUUCUACCACACUUACAAGUUCAGUGGUGUUUUCAUCAACUAAAGUUUAUUGUGAAAUAUACUGAAUGUACUUACUAUUGUGGCUAACCAUGUGAAAAUUAUUGUUUUGCAGUAAAAAAGGUUAUGGCACUUACAUUUUUGGGAUCUGCUGAAGCAUGUUUGCUAAUCAUUAGUUGCUCUUUUUCUUCUGUGUUUUAACGUAUUCCAUGGUUGUUUGCACUUUAUGCAGUUCCAUUUCGGCAACAGAUGAAUAAGUGUUGUUUUGCAUUGAUAAAAUUUGAAAAUAUCAUAGACUUCAUUGCUCAAGUGUAUUCUAAGAAAAGAGUGCAGUAAGAAGAAAAAACCCCGAAGCCCAACAAUUUUUACUUGCAAAAUGGAACAGCUCUAUGUCAGUUUUUAUGAAUGGUCCUGCUCUCUUCUCUGUAUUCCUUUGCAGUGUUUAAUUACAGAAUGCCGUGCAUGUUUGGUAGUACCAAUACCAUAUCUAUGUGGUAGGAGUGGUAACCAGUUUCUGGAUUUGUAAUGCACUAUAAAAAGAUAUUUUAUAAUUCUGUAUCUGUAUGGCAGUGUUAUGCCAAAAGAAUUGUAUAAACAUAAAAAGCAAUAGUUUAUGUUGCUUACUGCUAUAUUUUAAAUCAUUUGUAAAAUGAAAUACUUGGAUUUCCUUUCAGGUAAAUAUAUUUUUAAUAACAGCAGCCAAAAACUCUGAACUAAUAAAUCUUCUUCAUUUAGCAGCAUUGUUUUAGCAACAUGUACAAAUAUUGUGUAGCUCUAAUUAAUGUGCAAUUGUUGCUUGGUGCUUGUUUGUAUAGUACUCUGUAAAUACAUUAACACUUAAAAGUAGGGAAUUAAAGGCUCUGGUCCUCCUUU